AUGGAACAAACUUUGAGACUUGCAGAAUCUCUUGGUUGUGUACAUCAUGUUGUGCCUCCUGCUAUUUUAUCUUCGAAGACAGAUCAAAGUGAUUUGGUUCAUUUUACCCAGCUUGUAGUACACUGGUACUUUGUUUUAGAUUUUGAAUCCACGUGUGACAUAAAACCAAAAUCUGACACUAAGGCGGAAAUAAUUGAGUUCCCUGUGGUGGUAGUUCGGGCGGAAACCGGACAGAUCAUUGAGGAAUUUCAUCGAUACGUUCGACCGACUGAAAGUCCCAUACUCAGCGAUUUCUGCAAAAAACUAACUGGGAUCUCCCAGCGAACUGUGGAUACAUCUACUGACUUGCGGCAUGUUUUGAAGGAGUUCGAAAACUGGCUAAAACUAAAGAAAAAAGAACUUAAUUGCGCCUUUAAGUUGGAUAGUCCAAACGCUGCUGUCUUCGUCACCUGGACUGACUGGGACAUUCGCACAUGCCUUUGGAAUGAGUGCCAACGAAAACAACUGUCUUUUCCGGUGGAUUUACUUACUAGAAUCGAUUUAAAGGCCGUGUUUAAGCAAUGGUGUGCAGCUGGUCAAAUAGGGCCAAAGCAGGGGUUCCAGGGCUGUCUCCAGGAUGCGCUAAAUGCUGCUGGACUCACCUUCAGGGGUCGACCUCACAGUGGCAUCGCCGACGCCCGAAACACUGCGGCCCUUCUGAACCGCAUUAUUUUAAGUUAA